ACAUGAAAGAAUUGAAAACAUCCUCUGAAUCAUUUCCAGAUUGAGACGUGCACCAGAGUCAUUUGGCGCCCUGGCAAUAAGUUUGAAAGCUUGAACUUCAAAUUCUCGAACUUCGCGACUAGUCAAUUCUACCGAACUUUAACGCGACUUCAUUUUCUCACUCGACGGUGCUGCCAUUUUAUCUACAGGUAGCGUACACAGAAUAUGCUCUCCCAGGUCUACCGAAUCGCCAAGCUCCCAAGAGUAUAAGGAAAUCGGGCUAGGCUCUAUGCAUCAUACCUCCUAAUAGCGCUAGGAUUUCUACUGCUUUCCUUACAACUCGAUUUAGGUUUUCUCCGACAGUCGCAUUCUACUCUCAAAUUCAACCACGCACGGCUCCCCAGUCGGAGUUAAAGGAUACAAUACCAGAAUGAGUGCAGCUGCCAAUGAACCGUCGUCCAGUUCAUCGCAUCCUGCUGAGCCUCAAACAACCACCAGCCCUCCCGUAGCCAUUCUGGACAUUGGCGAUCAUCGCAACGAAACUGUGAUACAGACGUUGUACAACCUGCUUAUACGACCACACGAGAAGCUCGUAGUCGCGACUGACGCAGAUUUUGACUUUGAUCUUGAUGUUCAAACCAUGGAUUUGAAUGUCGUUCUGAACGCCAUGGCCUACGUAUCGUCGGUCUCGCUCGAGGACCGCAUCGCUCUCAGCGUAACCGAAGCACAAGACAAGCUCACCUUUCAUAUUAGUCGGGAACUUGACGAUCAGCAGCCGGAUGAUUUGGUAGCCUUUUGGAAGGAGCAGUGGCUGAGGUUCAGAGUUUUGUCAAAGAAUUUGACUCAUUGCCAUGCGCGAGACGACUUAGGCUACUUUGAUUCCGAAGUUGGCCUAUCGCCUGUGGCUGUAGCGACCACCGAAGAUAUAGUCGAGGCAAUCAUCUUGCGCGGUGUCCCAAAGCUCCGAGUCUUACUCGAGGACUAUAAAUUCUCCUACGAGUAUGGAUGGCUGAGCUAUUACUGGCGUUGCAUAUUGGAUCCUGUGCACAGGGACCUAUAUAAGGUCCUGGACAAGAUGCAUUUGCUCCUUUCUAGACUGCAAAAGUUGCUCGCAGUGACGGAAAUUAACAAGCCGGUGCUGGUCAGUACGACACGACAACUACUUGCGCUCAAGGAGGAGUAUGAACGUGAGGAGGACGUAUGGCUUGAGAAGCAUGCCGAUCGAGCUGCAUAUAGAGAUUAUGUGGAACAUGGCGGUCCGAAACCCAAGAUAGACUAUGCCCAGACGCUCUACGAAAGACUAUCAAGAUGUGCCGUUUUGCCGAUGCACGCAAUCAUCUUGCUCAGCUUUGCAAAGUCUCCGGAAUUCCUCCCAUGGGUGGAUUUUAAGUUCGAGGUGAUCCCUAUUUCUUGUCCCAAGAUGCGACUGCAAUAUACGGAGCGGCCUGCGGCGAAGUGGUCCAGAUGGAUGCAACAAGCUGUCUUGGGUUUUGAAUCUGAAUCCCCGUUGCUACGAACACGCGGAAUUCACUAUGCCUCUGAAGCCGCAAAGCGAGUCAAGAAAUGUCCAACUUUCGAUGCCUGUGUGCAUGCGGAGUGCGCCUUACUUGAGUAUCAUCACAAUGCAUGCGUCCGUGCUUCAAGGGAGAAGACCGACUUUACACUACCCGGUCCUUAUGUAGCUUGCUCGCACCCGCCGUGUCUGGCAUGUAGAUGUUAUUUCAAGACUUACAGCCAAUCACCAGCAGAUGUUCUCGGACUCAAGCUAAAUCUUCGUUACUUUGCUGGAGACAUCACUGGCCGCGGCUGGCUACUACCCGACCUUGAGGGAGAUAGCGACGUGUUGGAGUUUCACCGACUUCUGAAAAACAGCCUCGCCGAGUUUUACAGUAAAUUCCUUAUCUGUAUCGGCACACGUGGAAAGGCCCGCAAGGAAUGGGUUGCAUAUCCACAUAUUGAAUUUGUUGCAAGGUCAGUUUGGCGUGUUUACUAUUGUGAAUGCAUAUUGAUUGUUACGAUUUACCAAUAGAAAUGAGUGGGACCAUCGUCUCCGAUGGGGUGUAGCUGAUGGCAACUGUUUCCCCGCAAUUACCCAUUUUGAGCUUUUCGAGAAGGACUUGUCGUUGCAUGAAUCAAUAGACUGAGGAGACAAUAAACCUCUCAGGCUGAAUGUAGCACUGUUUUGUAGUCGAUUACCAUGAAUUUGAGUGACAUGCGUGAAUACGACACCUGCCAUUUUGGUGUGGUC